AUUUGCUAAUAAUGAAUUAAUUAGGCUUAAUAAAUUUGUCUCGCAGUUUACAGGCGGAAUAUGUAAUUUGUUUUGUUAUUAGUCUACAUUUAGUACUUUAAAUGUGUGUCCGUAUACUAACUUUACACCCCGGGAACUAAACACAUCCUUUGUUGAUAGACUCCCUCUGUGCUGCCAUUCUGCCAUGUUCAUCUAAUUUUGCUGAGACUAGGUGACCGACAUGGAUGGAUCUGUAUAUUUUUAUUGUUCAGUAGUGAUCAAAUAAAAUUUGUGACAUUUUUAUUUCAAACGUGCUACUUGUGUAUAAAUUGACAAUGAAAGAGCAUAUGAGCAGGGACCCUUUUUUUGUACGCUUAACUGUUAGCAUGCUAGCUCCAGCCACGAGAUUUGAGCUCACAAUUGAUAAUUGAUUAGCUCUAGAGUAAGCCACUAUUCUGAUUCUUGCUGCCAAUACUUGGAACAUGAUGAUCUGGUUCGCAGCAUGUGGAUCAUCUUGAAGUUGCAAACUUCAGAUUCCAAAUGUUGGAAGCGCCAGCAGGCAGGACAACGCAGAUGAAGAAUCAUGAAUGCUGAAGUAUUUUUCAACAGCAGGCAGCUCUUCUCACGAUGUGAAUCUAUCAUUAAACUAGGCACUCUUGCAGAUUACUUUGCCACCAAUUAUUGAAACAUGCCACGCUGAUCAUUAGCUCAACUACAGAUACAGAUGCCUCCAAAGCUGAACAAGCAAAGAGAACAAUUCAAAGAGAUGGCUUUGUCGCCGCAACACAGCACCUCAUCAUCGAUGAGAUUCUUGCUGUCUACAAGGUCAGCGAUGCCACUUCUUUGGCUAAUUCUGUUAUAUAUAGAGGCAAGCCAUAGCCGGAUGGACACCAUUGCAGCAGCUUCUCUUCUUUUCCACUUCUACAGAAAAGGAAAGCACUACAGCUUCCACUACAGCCAUGGCUUGCCACCUCAGAUCAGCCAGUGUGCCUUCCAGUCCUCGCUUCAAUGGCAUCGAUGUCGAAGAACAGCUCCAGAGCUUGAGAGCAACUAUCUCUUCAUCUUGUUCAACCAUUGGAACCAUGUGUGAUGGUUUGAGGAAGAUUGGAGAAGUGUACAACCACAUUGGUGAGAUUGCAAGCCUACCGAGCAGCCAACUUACACGUCAGAGGAAGGCAGUAGAGCAAGAGCUCGAGCGCUCACUUGUCGUGCUUGACCUUUGCAACGCCAUGCAAGGGAGCUUUGGAGAACUCAAGGAAAGCAUCCUGGACAUGCAGCUGGCUCUCAAGAGAGGAGAUGAUGCAGCUGUUCAGACCAAGAUCCAGUCCUACGUCCGUGUGGCGAAGAAGACACAAAAAUUAUUCAAGAUCAGCAAGAAGUCUGCUGCAGCUGAGCAGGAAUGCAGGUUGAUCAAGAUGUUGUCUGAAGCCAGGGAGAUUGCUACCUCGAUGCUAGAAUCAUCAUCGAAACUCUUGUCAACUCAAAGUGUCAUACCAAGUUCUAGCAAGUGGUCUCUCAUCUCCAAGACAUUCCAUAAGAGAAGAGUUGUGUGCGAGGAGCAACUGAAGGAGUUGGAGUUGGACAUUCUCGAGUUUGAAAGCGGAGUUGAGACUUUGUUCAGGAUACUAAUCCAGAGCAGGGUGUCUCUUCUGAAUGCUCUUAGCUUGUAGAUCAUACACCAACACAGAAGAUUCCUCAUGAUUAGCAUCCGCAUUUUAGAGGAUUGGCUAAUCAUCCAAACAAAAUUUUGAUGUAUUCGAGAAAAUGUACAUAAAUAUACUCGUGUAGAAAAGCAGAAGUUUUGAUCCA